AUGGAUCAUCGGCCGACGCUGUACACGUGGUGUUGGCUGCUGGUGGUUCUGCACUCCUGUUACUAUGCUUCGGGCGCCAAGGCGAACCGGACGGCUGAUCCAAAGAACAGUCGCGUGUGGGGGCCGGGUGUGGAAAAACCAGAUCGUGUAACCCUGCCGGCGCGGUACUUCUUCAUCGAGCCUAGAGAUGCCGAAAACCAAAAAAUUAAUGAAUCUCAGAAGUACGACAUCCACAUCAUCGGACAAUCACGGUUUGGCACGUGCCGCUACCGGCUAAACCAGAUCGAUAGACACGAUGGCUCGAGUAUCCUGCGGUACAGGCUUGCUGAAUCGUGCAGUGACGUCACGAUACACGUGCGCCAGAACGGGGUACAUCUGAAGGGGUCCCCGUUCGCUAUCCCGGGCACGCUCUACUCCGAACAGUGCUACUGUCCGCAGGGUUCCGUCGAAGAGUGGCUCGAAACGGUGGGAUGCCCGUCGGGUGAUCCUCAGAUCGACAUGGAUCUCAUUCCGUUUCGGGCCAUCAAUUUUUCCAGCCUGCGCACGCGGAUGAUCCAGCAGUACGACAAACCGGGCAGCAUUUCUCAUUGCAACUACGUCAUCUUGCGGAAUCAAGUGCACCGUCGGUGCUACGGUCAACACACUGGUUUCAGUAAGUUUAUGGACACCAUCCUGCUUUCAUUGGCGCGCAAGUUUACCCUACCCGAUUUGGAAAUGUUUGUAAACCUGGGCGAUUGGCCGCUGGUGAAGAAGGGUGGUCCCAGCCGUACGACAGGACCAUUUCCAGUCUUUUCGUGGUGCGGUAGUGACAACACGUUCGAUAUCGUCAUGCCAACGUACGAUAUCACCGAGUCAACGCUGGAGAACAUGGGCCGGGUGAUGCUGGACAUGCUGUCGAUUCAGCGGCGCGGUCUUCCGUGGUCGGAAAAGCACCCGAAAGCGUUCUGGCGCGGGAGGGACGCCCGGCGUGAGCGUCUGGAACUGGUUGCCCUGGCCCGACGCCACCCCGAACUGCUGAACGCGUCGUUAACGAACUUUUUCUUCUUCCGUGAUGAAGAGAGUGAAUUCGGACCCCGGGUGCCGCACAUUUCCAUGCACGAUUUCUUCGACUACCGCUACCAGGUGAACGUGGAUGGGACAGUGGCGGCGUACCGGUUGCCCUAUCUUUUGGCAGGCAGCUCAGUCGUGCUGAAGCAGGACUCGUUCUAUUACGAGCACUUCUACCGGAAGCUGGUGCCGAUGCGGCACUACAUUCCUUUCGAGGCGGACCUAUCGAAUCUAGUGCAGCGGGUCGAGUGGGCAAAGGAAAACGACGAAAAGGCGCAAGAGAUCCGCGACAAUGCAAACGCCUUCAUCAAUGCCAAUUUGCUCCCGUUGGACAUUUACUGCUACCAUGCGUUGCUGUUUAAGGAAUACGCCAAAUAUAUCGUCAGCCCGAUCCAGGUGCAACCGGGUAUGGAGAAGAUCGAGCAACCGGACGAAGCGUACCAUUGUCCGUGCGAGCGAACGACGCUUCCGAAAGACGAGUUGUAA